AUGCAAGUCUCGAGGACGCUCAAGAUGCUCAACGACUUCUUCCCAGACCAAAGCCCAGAAGGGGUCCUCCACCGGGUCCUGCUUCACCUCCCAGAAGAAGCGCCCUUUUUAUUGCAAGGAAGGGUAAGGGUCAUUAAGUGCGUCUACCUGUCGUCUAUCUUACUCGAUUCACCCACACUAACCGGGGGCAAACCCAGUGUCUGGCGGCCGAUCGAGAACCCUGUCCAGGAUUACCCGCUGGCAUGCUGCGACUCAACGUCAGUCCUCGACGAGGACCUUGUUGAAUGUGAUCAUGUCCGCAGACGAUUCAAGGGCUCCAAUCUCUACACGCACCACCGCGAAGGGCAUAAGUGGUAUUAUCUCGGCGAGCAGCGUCCGGAUGAGGUGCUGCUAAUCAAGAUGUUCGACUCGGACUCAAGCGUGAGCGCCCAACGAUGCCCGCAUGUCUCGUUCCGUCACCCUCUGGCGCCGCCGGACGCGAAGCCACGGAGGAGUAUCGAGGUCCGCGCCCUGGUCUUCGAUGACGCUCGCGACGCGGACCAACUCCUAACUCCCGGGGCGUAA